ACACACCGAAAAUGCAAAACAGUCGAAUAGAAAACUUUGAAGUGCGGUGAAUUUGUGCGACACGAGUCAAUCAACACACACACAUACAUACAUAUAUACAACAAUUUGUGAUUUUUUUUGGUUUGUCUGAUUAGAAAGUGAAUAUAAGCUGACCAAGUCCAAUUUGAAGAAGAACAACAAAAAGAAUUUAGCGGUGUGCGUGAAAACAACCCGAAGCAGAACAAGAAGAAGAAGAAGCAGCAGCAGCGGCAACAGCAGCAAGAAGUUUUUUUAGUUCUAUCUAACCACACACACACACAAAGAAAAUAAAUAAAAUGGCCGAGGCUAACAAGAGAAAUAUUCCCAUCAAAUUGGGAGACUUUAGCGUUAUCGAUACGGAAUUCAGCAGCAUACGCGAACGUUUCGAUUCCGAGAUGCGUAAAAUGGAGGAGGAAAUGGCCAAGUUCCGUCAUGAGCUGAUGAACCGCGAAGCCAAUUUCUUCGAGUCCACCAGCUCAACGACAAACUCGGCGCUGCCAUCUCGAGUACCCAAGCAACAGAAUUAUGUGUCGGACAUUAGCUCGCCCUUGAUACAGGAUGAAGGUGAUAACAAAGUGCUGAAGCUGCGCUUCGAUGUCAGCCAAUAUGCCCCCGAGGAAAUUGUUGUGAAAACCGUGGAUCAGAAGCUGCUGGUGCACGCCAAGCACGAAGAGAAGUCAGACACAAAGAGCGUUUACAGGGAAUAUAAUCGCGAAUUUCUGCUGCCCAAGGGUGUCAAUCCCGAGUCCAUCCGCUCGUCCCUCAGCAAGGAUGGUGUCCUGACCGUGGAUGCGCCAUUGCCAGCUCUGACUGCCGGUGAAACUCUGAUUCCCAUUGCGCACAAGUAAAUCAUUUCUGCAGUGACCGAGACAGCGAUUGAGACAGAGAUAGAGACCAUCAUCAACAGCUCCUGGAGAACCUGUCACACACAUCCUGCAAUCCAAUCCCGAGGCCAGCAACAUCCUGCUAAAUCCUAGCACCUACUAAAAUCACAGCAGAUCCCACACAGAUGAAACAGUUCAGUUUUUAAUUGGCCGCCUAUCAAUCAAUUCCGCAUUGAUUGAUAACUUACAAUUUUUUUUUCGGUUUUCUUUUUGCAAUUAAAAAAGCUUAAAUAUAAUAACUGACUUACUACUCAUACUUAACUGUAAUAACUUAAGUGUAAUGCAAAUUAUUAUUAAAUUUGAUUAAUUUAAUUCAUAUUUAUAA